AUGGUAACUCGGGGAAAGCCCAAGAUGCCCAAAAUGGGAUCUUCCUGGGCACGAAAGUGGGAGUCCAGGCUUGUCGGUACCUCUUCUUGUUCUCCCUUCUUGCCACACCCAGGCCGGGAGCCUCCUAAAAUCGACUUCUUUUUACAGAUCUGCUUUCACCUUGGAAAUGGACUUCACUUAGAGGUUUUAUAUACAAGUAAUGAAAAUGAUCAGAUCUCUCAGCAAGGGUAUUUAUCCCAACAAAAAUUAUUCCGACAAAAACGAGAGUGGAUCACUGCUCCUGUGGCCCUUCGGGAAGGGGAGGACCUUUCAAAGAAGAAUCCCAUUGCCAGAAUACACUCUGAUCUUACUGAGGAAAGACACAUAAAAGUUAUAUAUCGUUUCACUGGACAAGGGAUUACAGAACCACCUUUUGGUAUAUUUGUCUUUGAUAAAAAUACCGGUGAAUUAAAUGUUACUAAGAUUCUUGAUCGAGAAGAAGUUCCAAUGUUUGUACUAACAGCCUUUGCUUUGGAUGAGAAAGGGAACAAUUUAGAAAGGCCACUAGAGUUGCGACUUAAGGUUCUUGAUAUAAAUGAUAAUGAGCCUGUGUUUACUCAAGAUGUCUUUGUUGGGUCUGUUGAAGAACUAAGUCCAGCAAAUACACUUGUGAUGAAAAUUAGUGCGACAGAUGCUGAUGAGGAAGGUCAUAUCAAUUCUAAAAUUUCUUAUAAGAUUGUCUCUCAGGAACCUCCUCAACCUUUUGUCUUUUUCCUUGAUAAAGACAAAGGAGAGAUUCGAACAACAGCAUUUAUUCUGGAUAGAGAGAAACAUAGCCACUACAGUCUCAUUGUUGCAGCAACUGAUGGAAAUGGAGAAAAAACAGACAAACCAGUGAAUCAAGCCAAAGUACAAAUUAGCAUUUUAGAUGUCAAUGACAAUAUACCUGUGCCUGAAUUUGAGAUGUACGAAGGAUCAAUUGAAGAAAAUCAAGCAAAUGUGGAAGUCAUGCGUAUAAAAGUAACCGACUUGGAUGAAAUAGGUUCAGAUAAUUGGCUGGCAAAUUUUACAUUUCUUUCAGGAAAUGAAGGGGGUUAUUUUCAUGUAGAGACAGAUGUUCAAACAAAUGAAGGAAUUGUAACUCUUAUUAAGGAAGUGAAUUAUGAAGUACUGAAGACUCUUGACUUGAAGGUCCUUGUCACCAAUAAAGCACCAUUUCACAAAUCAAUUAGAAAUAAGAUUGAAGCAAAAUCUGUUCCUAUCAAGAUCAAAGUGAAAAAUGUCAUAGAGGGUGUUCAUUUUAGACAACAAAAAAUUGUGAUCCAAACCAGUGAACACAUGGAAAGGUCAGAAAUAGGUAAAAUUAUUGGAAAAUAUGAAGCCUAUGAUGAGGAUACUGGACAAAUAGCCCAAGUAACGUAUGCCAAAGGAGAAGAUAUCGACAAUUGGAUCACAAUAGAUUCAGUCACAUCUGAAAUCAGACUUGCUAAAAUUCCUGAUUAUGAAUCUAAAUAUGUCAUUAAUGGCACUUACUAUGCAACAAUCUUAGCUAUAACUAAAGAUUUUCCUAGACAGACAGCCACUGGUACCAUUGAAAUUGUGGUAAAAGAUUUUAAUGAUAACUGUCCAGAGCUCAUAAAUCCAGUGCAAACUAUCUGUGAUGAUACACACUAUGUGAAUGUUACUGCUAGGGAUCUGGAUGGUUAUCCAUAUAGUUCUCCUUUCACCUUUGCUGUCAUUGACCAACCACCUGGAAUGGCAGAGAAUUGGUACUUUGGACACCAAGAAGCUACAAGUGCAUGGUUGAUACCAAAAGAAUUAAAAGUGGGAAGAACUGAAAUCCACCUGUCAGUGAGUGAUAAUCAAGGAUUAAACUGUCCUGAAAAGCAGAUCCUUACAUUGACCGUUUGCAGCUGUGUGAGUGGUAGUGGGUGCAUUCAACCACUGGUUGAUAGUUAUGUAGGACUGGGAUCUGGAGCAAUUGGGCUCAUGAUUUUUGCACUUCUUCUGUUAUUACUUAUACCCUUGUUACUGCUUCUGUGCCACUGUGGGGGAGCAGGAGCCAAAGGCUUCACAGCCAUACCUGGUACUGUAGAAAUGCUUCAUCCUUGGAACAAUGAAGGAGCACCACCUGAAGAUAAGGUAGUGACAUCUCUCAUAACAACAGAUCUUGCAGGAAAUUCUGGAGCAUCUGCUGGAGGAGGAAGUAGAACAGGAGUCUUGAUAAGCAGUGAAACAACUAGAAGAGAAAGUAGCUCAGGUCAUCGUACUAUGACUGUGGUAGAUGGAGGAUGGGAAGAGCACAGAAGCCUUCUGACUGGUGGAAUUAAAAGAACUGCAGGGAUGACUGGAGCCAGGAGAGAUGUCACAACUGUGGGAGCAGCUGCAGCCAUGAGUGGUGCUACAAUGAUGGGGGCUUCUGGAGCCAUGGGGACUAUUGGAUCCAGGACAAACACAGCUGCACUGAAUGAAGAAUUUCUGAGAAGCUACUUCAUUGAGAAAGCUGCUUCCUAUGCCGACAAUGAUGAAAUUCAAACAGGGAAAGACUGUCUCCUACUUUAUUCUCAGGAAGAAACUCAAUCUUCUCAUGAUUCUGUUGGAUGCUGCAGCUUCAUUGAAGCAGAAUGGGAUGACCAUUACCUGGAUGAUUUGGGAAUUAAGUUCAAGACGCUAGCAGAAAUAUGCACAGGCCAAAAAAUAGAGACAGAAAGCGAAACUGGCCUGAAAUAUGAACUUCCCGCUGAAGCUAGCAUGAAUGCAGUUUCACAUUCAGUUUAUGAGCAGAAUACCCUUCAGGCAGAAAAGUCCCAUUCCUCUUCUAGCAUCAGCUUCCCAGCUCCCAAACCAAUGAAUGAAUCCAUUUCAGAGACCUUGACUCAGGAAUUAGUCUCUGAAAGAACCUUAUCUUCCAGACAGGGGUUGAAGGUGGCAAGAACCCUCCCUGAUCCCUUGCCUACUGGAAAUAUUGUUAUAACAGAGAGGUCCUACGGCACUGCCUCCACAUUGCCCCCCAGUACUCUGAUCCUUAGCUCCAAGCAGCCCCAGAGCCUUAUGGUCACCGAGAGGGUCUAUGCUCCCGCUUCUAGUUUGGUGGACACACAGUUUGUCCAGCAUCAUGCCGGUGAAGGCAGUGUAGUGGUCCAAGAACACAUGAUCCAACCUAAUGGUGGUCUGGCUAAUAGCCUAGGAAGCGUUCAGGAUCUGUCCGAUUCCCAUUAUGUUGUUGUGAGGGAGAGAGAAAGGUUCCUGGCCCCGAGCUCCAGCCUGCAGCCCAUUCAGACAAUCCCCAGUUUAGCAGUAGGACAGAAUGUGACCGUUACAGAGAGAGUGCUCACCCCUGCCUCUAAUCUGCAAGCCUCAAAGACUGUGGUUUCUGGAUCUGGAACACUAGCCCCCUUGCAAAAUUUAGAUUUUCAAGAAUCUGUUCCAUCUAAUUCUAGUGUAACCAUAUCUUCCAGCAGAGUCACCAAACAUAGCACUGUCCAGCAGUCUUAUUCAUAAAAUAAUAAUCAGCCCUCCACCUGCAGCUAGCAAUUUUAUUUUUUCAAAGUGCCUUACCACUGGGUGAGCCCUUUCUGCUCAGAGAAGUCUCCAGUCACUUAUAACUGAGUCAGUGAGCAAAGGCCCGGACAGCCGGCCUCAGCAGUCUACUUGUGGGCCUGUGUGCAGAAAUGAUCUGCUGGGGUCGUGAAAACGAUCACGUUAAUUAAGUGGCCUAAUAAUUCAUUUCAAUUCCAUUCAACAAGCAUGUAUUAAGUGCCUUUUCUGUGUCAAGGCAUUGUACUGUGUACUGAGAUACAAAAACAGGGGGGGAAAAAAUAACCUUCUAUGUUCUACUGAGGGCAGUAAUAUAAUUAUCACAAAUAACAUUUAUAUAGGGUUUACUGUGCACCUGGAACUGGGCUAAGUAUAAUCUCAUUUGCUCUUUACAAUCAUCCUGGGAGUUAAAUGCUACUAUUUCCAUUCCCAUUUAAAGAUGAGUACACUGAGGCAAACAGGUUAAGUAAUUUUCUCCAGGUCACACAGUUAUUAAGUGCCUCAAGUUGUAUUUGAAUUAAGGUUUUCCUCAUUCCAGAUUUGGAUCUUUCUGAGCCACCUGGCUACCAAUAGACAAAAUAAUUGGAGGGAUAUUGAUCAACUACUAAUUAUGAAUAACAUAUAAAAUUCACCUCUGAUUCAGCAAAUAUGAAAUACCUAACGUAUUGGUCUAGAGAAAGGAGAUUUGUAGUCCAUUUAGUUCCCACAAACAUAUCUAUUUUACAAAUCAGGAAACUGGCCCAGAGAAACCUUAAGUGAAUUGUCAUGAUCUACACAGAUAGCAAUCAAUGGAGAGGGUAUUUGAACCAGAAGUUUGUCACUUUUUUCAUUAAGUGUUUAAGAUACCAGGGCAGGCCCUGGAGAUACAAAAGUGAAAUAAAAUAUGACAUUCCUCCCUUCCUCCCCCCCAACUUCAAGGAGGAAAAUACCUGCGAGAGAACAUUGUUGAAAGUAGAGUUAGGAAGUUAUCCAAGUUGGAUGAGCUUCUGUUGCCUUAUGCCCCUUUUCUUAUCCCCACAAGCUCUUUGGAGGCCUCAUGUCUUAUACUGUGCUAUCUACAAUAACCAAUUUCCUCAGAGACUCCUAAUUCAACCUUAUCUUGUUCUCCCAAGUCUGCCAUUGUACUUACCCAAAGAUUCUGAUCCAUCUGUGAGAUUAACUCAUUUGGAGGGCUUUAUCUGACCACACUGGUUUUCAUUUUCACAGAAAAUACUACACUUUUUCUUUUCUUCCUUUUCAUUAAAAAUAUAUACUUAAAACCCAAGUGCUUAAUCCUAGCCAUUCUUUCUUUAAGUUAAUUUCAAUUACUUUUCCUGUAGCAUGAAAAGAAGUAUAUAGGAUAGUUCUUUUUUAAAUUAGACAAUUAAGACCCAAUAUAGCUAAGCCAAUAGACCUAUAUCAGAGUUAUUUUCCUACAAACAACCCCUUCCUCUGACUUCUCCAAAUACUGCCAAUGAUAUAUAGAACUUGCCUUCCAGAUCCAAUGGCAAAUUCCAGUGAAAUUUGAGAGAUCCUGUCUGAAAUUAAAGCUUUGGCUUGAAGGAAUCUGACUUAUACUUACAUCCUGGGAACUUUAAGUUACACAUUUGCACUUUCCCCUUUUAAAAUUACUUUGGUCUUAAUUAGGUCACAUUUUUUACUUUGCUUGAUGUUAAAAUUCAGUUUUUUCUUUCUUAAUUUUUGAAGACUUCCUUGCCAAAGAAAACUUAGUUAAGUUGAUUUAAUUCCAGAUAAAUGUAUUAAGUGCUUAAUAUGUGUACUUAAUGUCAAUACUAUAUUGAUAAUAUAUAUGUUUCAGAAUACAUUUCUUGCACAGAAAAUAUUUUGGUAACUUAUAAUAGAACUUUAAAGAAUUUGUGGUGAUAGGACUUUGUAGGUAUUUUUCUGAAAAAAUAACUUUUUAAAUUCCCAAUUAUAUUUUUUGAUAUUUAUUUACUUAAUCCAAGUGAUUUUCCUGAUACCUGUCAUCUAGAGAAUUCAAUAGACUUUAAACAUUUCUCACUUCUAUUAGCUAGAUAAAAGUUGAUUUAUUUUAGCUUUGAUUUGCCACCUCACUCCUGUGCAGUAAAAUGGGUAUGAAUGAUUUGCCUACCAUGACUAAGGCACAGAAAUGUCCCAAAUCUAAAAAAAUUGAAAUUUUCCCUAUAAAUGAAAAAAAAAUCUAUCAUAUCAUAAAAUUCCUUCCUACUUCUUUUUUUUAAGUGAUCUCAUAUUAUAGGACUUUAGAACAAGAAGAUUUUCUAAUCCAAACUCCUCAUGUUAACAGAUGAGGAACUGGAGGCCUUGUUAUGUGAUUUGCCCAAGAUCAUACAAAUAGUAAGAGCCAAGAUUCAAACACAGGUCUUUAUGACUUCUAAUGCUGUGCUUUCCAUAUUAUGGUAGAUAUAUUGUUUUUCCUCUCAUUUGUAGCUUUACCAUUUUUGUGAGCAUUCAAGUCCACUGAUAUGGACUGUAAUUCCUCCAGUCCUUAGUGGACAAGUCUAUGAAUUGCUGUGGCCAAAACUAUUUAACUUUUGGUAUCCUCACCAGACUUACAUAGGUUGGUCCUUGGAUGAAACUUGGUCUGAUUUCAUACCCUGAACUAACACUUCCAGCUUAGAAUGGAUUCAGCCAGUGUUUGCAUUCUGUUGGUAAAGCCUUUGAGAAUAAUUGGACACUUCCAUAUCCCAGUGAAACAUUAGCAUCCUUAAUGGAAUUUUACCAAAACUCGAACAAAAAUAAAUUGUGUAUGAAAUUAGAAAUGUAAGGAAAGAGGAGAAAAAUUAAGUGGAACUUGAGAAUUAAAAGGGCAAAAUAUUAAAACUAUAAAAAUUUGAAUAAUGUAUAUUGUAUGUAUUUAGUAUCACACUGAAAUAAUCUUUUUGUUGAUGUUCCUGAGGGGAUUGCUAGUUAGUUUUUACAUUGUUCUUUCACAUAAUUGCUUUUCUAUGUAUUGUCAUGAAAAUUUUAAAUAAAAAGAGUGUGGCAUUGUCCCUUU